AUGGCGCAAAACGUAGAGAUAUCAAUGCUUCCAGUAGAAACGAAUACUCCCCUGCAGACAUCUAGUAGCUCGGAGAAAGACCCGGAGAAGAUAAACGAUGUGGAGAUAAGCGAGAAAAGCAGUAUAGCGGCUGAUGAGCUUCAAGAUGAUUCAGCUCCAAAUUACACCGACGAGCAGUAUAAAAAGCUGAAAAGGAAGGCUGAUAGAUAUCUUCUACCGUUAAUGUGGCUUUGCUAUGGCAUUCAACAGAGCGACAAGACUUCAAUCGGAACUCAGGCCACAUUUGGACUUUCAAAGGAUACCGGACUGGUUGGACAGCAAUACUCAUGGCUCACGACGAUAUUUUAUAUCACAUACAUGUGCUUCGAGUUUCCGUCCAACGUCAUCCUGCAGCGGUAUCUAAUGGGCCGAACAUUAUCAUGUUAUAUGAUCUGCUGGGGUGUCGUAGUUCUAUGUAUCGGAUUUACGCAGAACUUCACACAGCUGGUCACCCUACGUGCGUUGCAGGGUAUGUUCGAGUGUUGUAUCUCGCCUGGCUUCAUUCUCGUCGUUGGAAGCUGGUAUACGACACGCGAACAUGCGUCGCGGUCGCUCGUCUUCCAGAGCGCCAAUGCUGGUUUCGGAAUUAUUGCCAACUUGAUUCUCUACGGGAUUGGAUCGCUACAAUACUCUCGGGGUCCUGAGUUUCAGGCUUGGCGAUACAUGUCUUAUUUCCUCGGUGGCAUGACGAUUAUCACCGGCUUUCUGUGCCUAUUCCUGCUUGGCACGCCGUCCGAAGUGAGAUGGCUAAGCCCGGAAGAGAGGAAGAUAGCCAAUGCCCGCAUUAUGAGUAACAACACUGGCCACGACCGGACCGGCAUCAGGAGAUGGAAGUGGAAGCAAGCGCAGGAAUGUCUAGUCGAUCCCUGCUUCUGGUUAGCUGGAGUCAACGCGUUCUUGAGUUCAGUGCCUAACGGUGGAAUAACCGCCUUCGGAGCCAUCAUCAAUACCAACGCCGGAUUCACCAACCUACAGGUAAUUCUCCUCGAUAUACCGCGGAAUGUCACGUCCGUGAUAUGGUUCAUCUUCAUUGGUGUUGUCACAAGCAGGAAGAAGAACCUUCGCAUGUAUUUCAUGAUUAUCUCCGUCAUUCCUCCGGUAGCGGGCUUCAUUAUGAUGGCGACGCUGCCUAACGAACCUCAUUACAAGUGGAUUAAGUGGGCAGGUUACUUCAUCACUGUCCCGAGCGUGGUAGCGCUGUUUCUCGCUUGGACACUGAUUCCCUCAAACGUUGCCGGACGCACAAAGCGCACGUUGACAUCAUCAUUUACUUUUGUCGGGUACUGCGUGGGCAACAUGGUCGGAUCGCAAAUCUUUCUUGCAAAGGAUGCUCCACGAUAUAUUCCUGGUACCGCCGGCUGUGCCGUAUGCUUUGGGCUAGAGUUCAUCGUACUGAUAGCAUGGCGGAUUGUGUUAGUCAUGCGGAAUCGGCGGCGGGAAAAGUGGCUAGGCGAGCAGGGCAUCACCGAGGAGGAGAGAGUAGAAAGGGGCAAGCAGCUUGGAGAACAAGACCAUACGGACUUCGAGAAUCCUUAUGUAAGUUGA